AUGGCAAAACCAAAUGUUACAGUAAAUUGUUCCAGUCCGCUCAUCGUUAAGGAAGGUGAUGAUGUCGUAUGUGAAUGUAAAUGUGAAGGUGGCAAUCCUCCAGCAGAGUGUACUUGGUAUAAAAAUGGCACCCAGAUUAGUGAAAAAGGUGUAAAAGUUAAAACACUAUUCCUUCGUAAUUUUAACGGGCAGGAUAGUGGAAGAUACACUUGUGUCGGCCAAAGUCACGUUAAAGCACGGGAUGAAGAGUCCAUCAGAAUAACAGACAUUUUUAAACCUGUGAAUACAGCCAUCAGGUUUUCUCAAAAAUCAGUUGAAAUUGGUAAAUCAGUAACCAUAACGUGUGCGUCAGAAAGGUUUCCUGAACCACGUUUUACCAUAUUUCACAAUGAUACCAAAGUUGUCAGUAACGAGAGGACAUAUACCAUAUGUCAGGUGAAGUGGGAUGAUGCUGGAACGUACAAAUGUUUUGCAAAAAAUGAAUUGGGAAAUGAUGCUGCCUUAGCCAUUUUUGCUGUUGAAGAAAUGCAAGAGCAAGUUGCAACGAUGUUGCCAACACGGUCAUCGGCGAACACGAAUAUAACCCCGACGUCUAUUAAUCUUACAACAAGUAGAUCAGAAGAUGUUAAAUCCGGUACAACUGAAUGGUAUAUAAUUGUCAUAACCUUGGUGUCUGGUAUUGUUAUUGGAAUUCUUCUUUCCAACAUUGUUUCAUAUUCGCGUCGUAAGUUAUUUACGCAGCCUGAACGAACCCCAGAGGUGCAAAAAACGACAGCAGAUUCAACUUAUCAGGAGCUAGAUCUUAAGAAAAUGAACAAAGAAGACAAUUAUCAAUCAUUGAGUGGGAAUGCUGCAAGAAAUGACGGUGUAAAUAACGAUGAGUCAAAUUAUACCGAGUUGAACAAAGUCAGAAAUAUCGAGAGCAAUUAUCAGUCUUUAACCUAAAAUCAUGAAGCUGGAAUACAGGAUACAAGUGGGAUUGAAGACUAUGCCGAAGAUAUAGUUAAUG